GCCAACCCAUUGGUGGAAAGAUGUGUGGGAGGGCUGGCCUUCAGGAAGGGAGGAAUAAUGUGUUAUUUCAAGCUUAAAAGACUCUUCUUUAUUCCAUUUCUGGCCGCAGUUUUGUGGCUUCUGCAAAAAAAGGAAAAAAAAAGAGGCCCAUUUUUUCCCUUUCCACCCAUAAGCUUGAGAGCCAACAGGGAGGCCGGCUGGCUUGGCAUCCCUCCACCAGCCCUGGCAAGGAAUGUAACGAGGAAAAGGAGGGGGAAAAUUAAAAGAGAAAAACACAAAUACUGUACUGAACUUGCUUGACGCGCCGAGUCGAAAGGCCAAGCAUCUCUGUGGGAUCCACCCAGAUGCCACGGAGGAGUAGCAGUCUAUCUGGCGAUCUGCAGGCCACCCCGGCAGCCUCCGCAUUGCCACGGCAGCACCAAUGUUGAGCCCUCGCGGAGCUAUCUGGGGGAAGAAGGGGUUGUGGACUGAGAUGACUCUCCCCCCAACCCAAGUUGCCUCCUAAUAUUAAAAAGCAAUCCGUCCGCCGCGACUAGAAAUGAUUACGAUCAAAUUGCCUCAGAUCUUCAGGAUCCAUCAGGUACCUCGUAUCUUUUGGGAAGAUGGAAUCAUCUCAGGCUACCGCCAUCCCAAAAGCUCUGCCUUGGACUGUGUCCUCAGCACCUUCCAGCUGAACAAUGAAACCCUCAACAUUUGGACGCAUUUUCUCCCCACAUGGUAUUUCUUGUGGCGAUUUCUGGGGCUCUCCUACAGCUUAGACUUCUGGUGUGACUCCUACAGCUGGCCCUUCCUAGCCUAUAUGUGGCUCGUUUGCCUGUACCCUUUCACCUCUUGCUGCGCCCACACCUUUAGCACCAUGUCCACCCACGCCAGACAUAUCUGUUACUUUGUGGAUUAUGGAGCCCUGAGCCUCUACAGUUUGGGCUGCGCUUUCACCUAUGGAGCCUACGCAAUGCCUGAUCGUUGGGUGAACGGCUUUUUGCACUCUUACUUUGUCCCCAUGGCUGCUUUGAAUUCCUUUGUCUGCACCAGCCUUUCUUGUUACUCCCGAUUCCUAGAACUGGAGAAUCCGCGGAUGAGCAAGACCUUAAGGACGGUGGCUUUCCUCUAUCCGUUCCUCUUUGACAACAUCCCACUGUUCUAUAGGCUGCUGCUCUGUUUUGGUGAAGACUGCUCCUGGAACGAUUCCGUCACUGGUUACUUCUACCACCUUUUCUUCGCUGCUCUCACCGGUUUCCUCUUCACGUCUCACCUGCCAGAACGCCUAGCACCUGGCCGCUUUGAUUUCAUUGGGCACAGCCACCAGCUGUUCCACAUCUGUGCAGUGGUGGGGACUCAUUUCCAGCUGGAAGCCGUCUUCUGGGACUUGCACACCCGCCGGGCCUGGUUGAGCGCCCACGCGCCGGCGGCCACCUUCACCCACACGUUCGCCAUCCUGGGGGCCGCCUUGCUGGGGAAUCUCCUCCUCCUCGCCACGUUCACCGCCAUCCUCUUCUGCUCGUCGGGGGCCGCCUUGAUCUUGCAGAACAGCUUUCUGGAGGCUGAGCUGCCCAAGGAGAAGUAGCCCUCCGGGGGGGUGGGGGGGCCGUACCUGGAGUCCCAGAAGAGGAAAAAAAAGUCCCUUCUCCCUGGUUGACCUUUGAGGCCACUGGGUCGGCGUAGCCCUCUCCGACCUGCUGCAGAUGGGGAGCCGAAGAUGGGAGAAGUGCCAUCAGAUGGGCAGAGUAGCUGGCAAGGGUUUUGGGGGCUUCUUGGAGGGGGGGGAGUCACUUUUCCCAUCUCUGCUCUUGACCUGCAAUUCCCGCCGUGCUCAGCCAGCAUGGGGACGAUCGGAGUUGUAGUCCAACACAUCUGGAGCAUACAGGAUCAGGCUGAAGUAGCAUCUGCUCCGCUGUCACACCUUAUACCUCUCAGUCCUGUGCGUCUCUAGAGCAACAUGGCAUGAGAUGUCAGGAAGGGCCCUGUGUUUAACAUUCAAUAUUUCUAUUUGAGCUCUUCAGGCCCUCGAUAUGACCCCACGUCUAGCUGGGCAUGAUGCUUCUUCAUCCACAGUGCAGAAUGAAGAGAUUUUUGCGGUCUCGGUUCCCCACCUCUGCCUUCCUACCUGUCCAGCGUUGGGGAAGAACGGGCGUUGGGGUAACCGGUGUGUCAUUUGGGUCCCGGAGAAGCCGGGAUAGCCUCUGUUUGGGGCCUUCAGCUUUCUUACCGGGCUAAAUCCAGAAGCCCUCUUUUCCUGUCCUGGCUUCCCCUAUUUCAGAUAAUUUAUUUUCCUGAAACGAGGAGCGAGAGCAGAACUAAGAAAGUCCAGAUGCUAAAGUUUUGGCCAUUGAAACAAGUUUGCUUGAGAGGGCUUUUUUUUGUGUGUGAAACCUAGAAAUGGUAGGAAACAUAAGAUGUUUUCUCAAAACACAGAGAGGGUUCUGAGCAGGUAGAAGUGAUAUAUUUUUUUGAGGGAAGGAGGGCUGUUUUUUAGGUAGAUCUUAAGAAAAGAACAAUAGGAACAAAUUAAGGACUGUGAUGGCCAUCUCCCGAUUUGGCAAAACUUGUUCAGUGGAUAAUGAACAGAGCUUGAGAAGUUACUUGUUGAAUUCAUUCUCAUCCACAUCUAAAAAGCAACCCACUUUUGUUGCAGUGUUGGUUGAUUAAUGUGUGGCUCGUUGCCUUUUUUUUGUUCAAUUAAAAACAGGAUUAAGAAAAUAAUGACUUAGAACUUGGAGAAAAUUGUUCAAAACUUCUAAAAAGACUUUAAAAUGUAUUUGAAAGGUAAUAUUUGAAAGUAACUAGGACUCUCCUCUAGACGGGGAAAGGUCUCUUACCUGUGAUGCCCCUUUUGAAAUGUCAUUUCCGUUCUCACCUGUUGCCCCAGAAGGACUCUAGCAACAAAUAGAAUUCGCUUCCUUGCUUCCAAGCUCUGAUCAUUACAGCCAGCCUUGCCUAUGAGUGUCAUAGUUCGGGUGAUGAAAAUGGGUUGGGUUUUGGAGGCUUUUUGAUAAGUUUUUUAAAAAGAAGGAUUUAGUGCGGAAACCAAGUCUUAUGGGGGUCCAAAAUGAACACUCUGGAUUUUUUUUCCUCCUCUCCCAUGUGCCUGCGACCAAACUAAGAUCAGGGAGCAAACCUCGGCAAUGGAUCCAUGCUGAUUUAAGCAGGAAAAAUGUGAAUGGAUCCACUGGAAAAGUGCACCCGGGAUGUUGAAUCUUCUUUGGGUUAAUUUGCUUCAGCUACCCACACAGGAGUUAGCAGAGACAGAGGAGGAAAUUAGCCUUGUUUGCAGCUUGUUAAUCUUUUGAAUCUUCACCUCUGCACAUUUGGUGGCUGGGUCCACUUGCUUGCCCUGUCCGUCCGUCCGUCCGUCCGUCCUUCCUUCCUUCCUUCCUUCCUUCCUUCCUUCCUUCCUUCAACUUACUGUGCUAGAACACACUGGUGACCAAAUGGAAAGACAGACAUGAGGUAGCUUCCAGUCAGCCUUGUUUCCAACUUGUUAAGAUACCUCGGCUCUAACUAUGCCUCCUGAAAAUCUGGAGAGCCAGAGCACAGCUGCCUUAACAAGCUGGAAAUAAGGCUAACUAAAAUUUCCUCCUCUCUUUACCAAUUCCUUGCUUGUUGUUUUUUCUCCUUGGUCACCGGCUGACCUAGGCAACAAGCCUUUAGAAAGGAAGGAAGGAAGGAAGGAAGGAAGGAAGGAAGGAAGGAAGGAACGAACGAACGA